AAAAAUAUGUUUCAACAGAACAUUCAUCUAGACCAAAAAAAACACAGAUAGCUUAUACAAUUGGAUUGGAAAUUUCAAUUCUAUGGAUAGCGGAAGUUUUUUCUUUGUGUUUUCUUCGACGUCUUACAAUGCUUUUGUCUGUUAUUGGGUGCUUUGUAUUCGGCGCGUUGGUUUUGAUGGAGAGCCAAUUUGCAGUAAUGGCGCUAAAUAUCAAUUCAGUAUUCAAGGACAUAAGGGAACAGCUUAAGAGGAUUUUGUUUCAGCUAACUCAAGAAACAAAUUCUAAAGACAAUUGCGUUACAAUUAAUAAAUUAAGUUAUAAGAAAUCAAACAGUAUUUGGAUACCCAUGACAGAUAUAAACCAGGUUAUAGAUAUGAUGGGGCAUUUCAAACAAUCUUUUAAAGAUAAUAAAAAUACGCCUCGAAUAAAGCUGGCAGGCAGAAUUCGUGUUCUGAACCACAGUUUUGUUUCAACUUGUGCAGUGAUCCGAAAACUGAAUGACGAAGAAAACAUUUUGCUCUUUUUUCACCUUACUAUAUUCGUUAUGCACUUCGCAACAUCAUUAAUCGGUUUAUAUAUUUUUAUUCAGUCAAUAGAAUUUUCAAACUCGAAAUUAUUUAUGCUCAUCGUCGACCUUAUAUGGUUUAUUUGGCAUAUCGUGAAACCCAUGUUGCUUAUUGAACCUUGUCAGCAGACACAGGAUGAGCUUGCAGAGAUAAGACUUCUGGUAGGUCAGAUAAUCUGCCACGUGAACUCGGAAAGUGACCCUCUGCUCGGUGUGAUGGACGCGUUCUUCCAACAAAUUAUUCUGAACGAAACCUCCUAUACAGUCAUAGGCAUAUGUUCCUUAACAAGACAUAUUAUGUCGAAGAUAGUGGGAGGUGCCACGACUAUGUUGUUAAUUUUUAUGGGGACAUAAAUAGCAUUGCGAAGUGUAUAAACCUGAGUAUAUAUUUCGGUACCAAUAGCGCAGUAUGUUUUUUAAUUCUCACCUGUAAUGAAGAUUUUAGUACCUUGGCUA